UCGAAUUUUUUUUUCUUUCAUAACCGUGAUUACAAAAAAAAAGUCAGUCUUAUCGUUCAUAUCAUUUUUCAGUUUAUUCGUAUUUUUACGUUUCCGUACGAAAUAUUCAUGUUACCAUAUACCCCAGUAUUCCCUCCCAGUGACCCCAGUGUUUGUAUUUUUAAAACUGUUGCCCAGGUAACAGACUACAACAACAUUCAAAAGUGUUUAUCACUAUCACAUUUCCAACUUAUCUUUAACAUUUCAAUCAUGUCUUAAAGCGAUAAAAUUUGAUAAUUAAGACUCGUGACCGAUAAAAGUUAAAGCUAUUGACCAGCAGAUAGUAUUUUUCAGAAUCCACCUUGAAAGAUGAAGUUCACACUGUGCAUCUCCAUUCUCUUACUGUCAUUAUGGCAAAGCUAUGCUCUUCCUGCUCAAACUAAAACUCCACCAACAUUCGACGAUAACUACGCUGCUCAAGGUAUACUUCUUUUACCUUACGCUGAAAUAAAAGAACCUUUUACUGCCUAUUUCGAUAAGCAGAGUGGAAAGAGUCGUGUUGAUUACUAUGGAGAUACUGUGCAAACAUAUCAACGCACUGAUCAGGGAGAAUAUGGUAUCAGUUAUAAGGUAGCGUAUAUGCCUGAUAAUACUGGAAGUCCCAUUCAUACUUGCUUCCAAGUAAAUGGAUCAAGUGAAGUCCCUGUUGAAAUUCAAAGCAUUCUACCAGAUUUAAAAGAUUUCAAAUAUGUGAAAGAUGUUUCAUGUUAUGAAGAAAAUUCCCUGAUGGUUGACUCUUCUGCAGAUUUAAUUUGCGAAUUAUGGUCAACUGAAAGUUCCUAUGGGGAUAAAGUUAGCAAGUACUCCUUUUACAUGGUGAAAUCAACUGGUGCACCUUUUCAUUACAUAAUGAAAGGAUACAACAGUUUGCUAGGAUCACAUUAUGAUAAAUAUGAGCUCUAUUAUUUCUCAUACACUGCAGGAAGUGCAUCUGAUAAAGAUUUCGAGGUAUCUGAUACAUUGCAAUGUUCAGGAUUCCCAGGACCUGGAUCAGAAAUCACUGUUUUAAGCAAUCCAAUGAGAGAAUUUGUCAGCAAUGAUGACACCCAUAUCCAUGAAACUUUUGAAGAUUUCAAAAAAGAACAUGGAAAAGAUUAUUCUGAUGCACAAGAACAUGAAAAUCGAAAAAAUAUCUAUCGUCAAAAUUAUAGGUAUGUUCAAAGUAUGAACCGAGCUGGCUUGAGUUAUGGCUUGAAGAUAAACCACUUGGCUGACUUUACUGACCUUGAGAUGCGCAGAGUUCGUGGACGCUUAGCAUCCACUGGAUAUAACGGAGGUAAACCUUUCCCAAAAGAAGAAUUCCCCACUGAUGUUCCAGAUGAGUUAGAUUGGAGAUUAUAUGGUGCUGUCACUCCUGUAAAAGAUCAGGCUGUUUGUGGCUCAUGUUGGAGUUUCGGAACCACUGGAACCAUUGAAGGAGCUCACUUUUUAAAAACCCAAAACCUUGUGAAACUAUCUCAGCAGCAACUGAUUGAUUGCAGUUGGCAGUAUCAGAACAAUGGAUGUGAUGGCGGAGAAGAUUUCAGAGCAUAUGCAUACAUUGAAGCUGCUGGUGGUUUGGCCUCUGAAGAAGAUUACGGACAUUAUUUGGGACAGGAUGGUAUUUGUCAUGAUCGUCAUGUACCCAAAGUUGCUCAAAUCAAGGGCUUUGUAAAUGUGACCAGUGGAGACUUGAAGGCAUUGAAACAGGCUAUUGCUAAAAAGGGACCCAUAUCUGUCAGUAUUGAUGCUGCACACAAAGGAUUUUCUUUCUACUCACACGGAGUCUAUUACGAUCCUGAUUGCAAAAAUGGAGCAGAUGAAUUGGACCACUCUGUACUGGCAGUUGGUUAUGGAGUUAUGAAUGGAGAAGCCUAUUGGCUUGUCAAGAAUUCAUGGUCCACUUACUGGGGUAAUGAUGGCUAUGUUUUAAUGAGUCAAAAAGACAAUAACUGUGGCGUAGCCACUUCCCCAACGUAUGUGGAAAUGUAAACAGUCUAUGUUAUCUAUGUAUUGAAAAUGUUCCUACAAGCAGUACUUAAUUUUUUAUACACAAAGUUUCGUAAUAAAGUUUAUUUUUGUAAUAUA